AUGUCGGGCUGGUACAGCAAUCUCGUUGGCGCGACCACAUCGAAGAUCUCCAAUCUCCAACGAACGUUCCUCAGCAGCGAGGCCGACGGCGACACAGAAGACGACACCCACGUCUGUAGAGUGCUCCGGUCCUACUACACCGAGAAAGGGCGACCAUUUCCCGGCUGGCUACCACCCGACCCCAAGGCACCCCCGCCCGUCGCCGCCGUCUACUCGCAACCGACGCAGGUGGGCUCGCGAUACGGCGGCCUCACGCAACAACCCCAGGGCGGCAGUCUGAGCUCGCUAUGGGAUAACAACCCCGUCUCGCAGCCGCAGGACGCGCAGAGUCUACGGAGAGGCCGCGGUGUGCCGCCACCUAUGCGCAAUGCAGAUGUUAGGAACAACCAAUUCCGCAAUUCAGAUCCCGUGCAGGCCAGACCACUCCCGUCUCAGAGAGCCGGAAGCUAUCAGACUGCCGGGCCUAUGGGUGGGAGAGACGCUGGCACGGCGCCGCCGGUCGCCUCGGGCGGCGGUACUGCACAGGAUAGGCUGAAGCAGCGACUAUUCGGAGGCUCGAGGACAACAAGCCCAGCGGCUGCUGGCCCCUUUACGCCUCCGCCGCCUAGCAGCGGUAGAGGCAACAGUAACUACGGUGGAGGGGGUUCUGCAGACUACGAGGACAGGUUUGCACCUGGGGGCAUGUACGAUGGCGGUCCUGGUCGAGGUGGAAGUGAAAGGCCUUUCAUGGGUGCGAACUCGCCGUGGUCGAACAGCGAAGCCGACAUGUCAGGCUCUGGAAGUGGAGGGAGGCUAGGAGGCAGACGAGCGGGGGGCUUGCCCAGCGGCCCUCGUGGAAUGAGAUGA